CACACGGCUUGUUGCGUCCCAAGAAAAACACUCGGACGUAAAACUUUCUACUCGCUUUAUGACUGUUUUCCAACCGAUAUGAAGGAUAUAGUAGGCGGUUAUAGAAUCUUGGAUAAGCUGUCGCAAGGACACUUCGGUGCAGUGUUUACAGCAAGACACAAGGAAUCGUCGAGAGCCUACGCCUUAAGACUUGUCGAGUGUGACACUCUCACAGGAGCUAAAGAGGCGGUGGGACAUUUCAACAAACUGAAGGAACUCGACGACUAUUGCACCGUCUUAUCUUACGUCGACGCAUUCACGGAUAUCCAAGACUUGAACGUCUACGUAUGCGUCGUGACGCCGUUCGAAGAUGGACCGACGCUGAACGACUACGUCCUUCAACACCAAGGCGUAUCCGAUGAAGAACUCGGAGUGUUGUUGUGUGAUCUAAGCGAGGGUUUGGCUUUCUUACACAAAAACAACAUAACCCAUGGCGGCCUUACACCGAGUAACGUUCUUCUCUGGACGGACGACGUUUUGCUGACUCGUGCAAAGAUAGCCGACUUUGGCAUGGCCAGAGUGUGCGAACAUCUCGAAGAAUGGACCUACGGUGGAAACGUCUACAAGUAUUUCGUUAAGAGGCAGCUUGGAGCGCAAUAUUUUCUCCCGCCCGAAUGCUGGAGGGGGACAGAAGUGGAGUUGUUAGAGAGAGUGGACGUGUUCUCGUUGGGUGCUGUGAUUUGCGCAACCCUGCUCCACACAAGUGUGAAUGUACAAAAUAGGAGAAUUUUGGCGUGUUUUGUCUUGAGUGGGGAGGGGCACUUACCGUUAUGGCACGAUGGGGCAGCCGAAGUACUACAACUUCCAGAAACGCCCAUAAACUCUCUACUGAGAAAAAUGCUGAAGGCUGAUCCGAAACAACGUCCUGACGCUAACGAGGUCUUACACGUCAUAUCCAAAGCUUUUGGCAAAUCUACUACCAAGGCACCCAGACGAUAUUUCAGGACAAGACGGCUUUGUUACGGAUUCUUUGGAGUCGUCGCAGCGGCGUUUGCAGUUGGCAUUGGUGCUUGGAACGCGGGGAUGUUCGAGUUGUAACAAGAUUGUCACUGGAAAAGAGAUGACAUUGGACUUGCUAAUGUAACGCACACAGCCUGUAGACGGAGCACAUAACGAAUAUAAUUGUACAGAGUUUUUGAUAAAGUUGGGUCAAUGGUCAAGUUUUAUUAAACCAGACUAUUCAGAAAAAAAGUCGUGCGUGUUGUGAUUGUCAAAUGCAUGCUUGCAUACGAGGUAAACCGCCUCAUGGCAUAACACAGCAGGUUUGUACUGAACAAUCAAUCAGAUAU